AUGUCGAAGGGCCGCGUUUGCCUUGACACGAGUACCAUUCUGAAGUGGCUCGUGAACGACGGGUACACCGUUGUCGCUUGCAACAUCGAUGUCGGUCAAGAAGAGGACUGGGAAGAUGUCGAGAAGAAAGCUCUCGCGGUCGGUGCCGAACGCAUGGUCAUUCGCAACAAACAGAAGGAAUUCGUCGAAGAUAUCGUGUUCAGAAGUAUUCAAUGCAACGCAAUCUACGAAGAUCGAUAUCUUCUUGGCACAAGUCUGGCUCGCCCAGUCAUUGCACGAGAGCUGGUUAAUGUUGCCAAAGAGUUCAACUGCGACUACCUGAGUCACGGAUGUACUGCAUUGGCACCUGGUAUCAAGAUCAUUGCUCCUUGGAGGAUUCCCGAGUUCAUUGCCAAGUUCCAGGGCCGGGCAGAUCUGCUCGAGUACGCCAGGGUCAACAACAUCCCUGUCUCGUCCACUCCCAAGGCUCCUUGGUCUAUGGAUGCCAAUCUCGUGCACUGCUCCUACGAAGCUGGCAUUCUCGAAGACCCCAACCGUGAGCCUCCCAAGAAUCUCUGGACGAUGACUGUUGAUCCGGUUGAUGCUCCUGACAAGCCGUACCACUUUUCCAUCGACUUUCAGAAGGGUAUCCCUGUCAAGGUCACAACCGAAGAUGGCAAGGAGGCUACUGACUCUGUUGAGUUAUUCAAACUCCUCAACAAGAUCGGGCACGACCACGGGAUCGGGCGCAUCGACAUAGUUGAAGGGCGCUUCAUAGCUGUUCUUCUUAACCUCGAGAUUGAUGGUGGAGUUGGCUAUUGGGGUUGUACAAAGCCCCACUCGGCCGAGUCCAGCCGGAUCUCCACCCUGGUCCAAAUCACGCCCGCUAGCUUGAAGAGUAGGGGUUGUUAUGAUAGUCCAGGCAUAACUUUAGCACGACUCGCUCACAUCGACCUUGAGGGCCUCACCUUGGAUUCGAAGGUUCGCGAGCUUCGUGAUACGUUUGUCACUACUGCCUGGAGCCGACAGUUGUACAACGGAAUGUACUUCUCUCCCGAGCGUGAAUUCGCCGAGAACUCGGUCAUUUUUGCGCAGGAUGGCGUCAACGGUACCGUCAAGAUGAUGGCCUACAAGGGCAACGCCUACACUGUUGGCCGCAGCAGCGAGACCAGCAACCUUUAUAGCGAGGAAGAUGCCUCGAUGGAUUCGCUCGAUACCUUCUCUCCUCUGGACACAAGCGGUUUCAUCGCUAUCCAGGCCAUCCGACUUCGAAAGUACGGCGAGGCCAAGAUUGCCCAGGGCAAGAGUCUGUAA